UACCCUAUGGAGCAGGGAUUGCUGAGCCCAAAUGGUGAGUAUGAUCUUGCUGAUAUCUACAAGGGCUGGAACCUUGGUUGCCACUGGAUUAUGUGGCGCCAGUUCUUGAUGAACCUUGUCUGUCAUGGCUUCACUGCAUAUGGGUUUUAUAUGGCUACCAUACAUUGGCCCGCUCAGCUAUCCCCUCAGUUAGCUCCAGUAGGUUGCUUUCCGGCCAUGUUGUUAUCAGUAAGUAUGCUCGUUCGCUUUGGUCGAAAGAAAGCUUUGACAUACGGUUUUCUUGUUGGGGGCAUCAGCGGUGUUCUUUCCGCAAUGAUCACGAAUCAGUGGGUGGUGCUUCUGCCGGUGGUGAUAUUAUUCUGUGGACUUUGCACUCCAGCAGCAAUACUUUCGCCUGAAGCUUGGAAUGACGGCCGCAGUUUGGUUAUCUUCAUGGUUGUCCUCAUAAUGAGGCAAAUGGCUAACCUGGCCUGUAUUGUGGCUGCCAUCGUUGCUCCACCGGUCGGAUGGCAAGUUCAAGCUGUUGCACUUGUGGGAUCGACCGCAGCUAUUGUCUAUGCGAUGCUGUUUCAUUUCUACAUGUUGCAGUCCCCACUGGAAAUUCUAGGUGGUUGCGAGGGUUUAAGAGGAAUGGAUAUAGACCAGCGGCUUGCUGUUCGACAAGAGAUGGCCAUUGAAGCUUUGAGGGGGUUUGCGGAGGCCGCAGGGAAGACUCUCCCAGAAAAUUUGAAGAGCCUCAGGAAAACUGAGUGCUGUCCGCUUCUGUAAUCGGCUUGUAGUUCCUGAGUUCUCUUGCCAGAAAUAAAAAACCAAGUCAAAGAUA